UCUUAUCAUUUGAAAAAAAGACGGAUAACUGGUACCAUUGUAAAACAGUUCAGCAAGGUACCAGACAAGUAGACGACGUGUUUGUCAACAACACGGAUAUUAACCGUUUUCUGAAGACUUGCUCGAGAUGAGGAACAUUUGGGUUAUGGAAUGAAUUUUAAAUGAGAAAAAAUUAUCGAACAGUUGGUCAGUUGUGAACAUUUUUGGUAGUAAAAAUAUUUAAAGAUAUUAAUGGACAAAGAAAACGAAGACAACAUGAAAAAAUCAGCAUCAAUGACACUACUUAACCUAUCGCCAUCUACAUCAUCAUUUUUAAAUCGGACAAAGUCAUGGAGCAUGUACGAGGUACGAGGGAGAAUGAUUGCAGUUAUAGCCUUAGUUUGUUUGAUUCUGUUAGUUGUGUACAUCGUACCAUCAGCUAAUGGCAUUUCAGACAUCGAAAAAAUAGAAUAUGUAGCUAAGCGACCUGUCAGGAUGCCGAAACUACCUUCAACUAAUAUUGAUAACAAGCGUGUGAUGGGAAAGAACUCAGAUAUUUAUGCCGUUGUGCUAGAUGCUGGUAGUACGGGGUCAAGAGUUCAUGUAUUCCAGUUUAAGCGAACCUCUGGUCCUUUAAAACUAGUUAGAGAAGUCUUUGAGCAGGUUAAACCUGGUCUCUCUAGCUUUGCUGAUGAUCCUAAAAAGGGUGCAGAAAGUAUACGACAAUUACUGAAUAUAGCUUUAGCUGAAGUACCGAGUGAAUUACAGCCAAGAACACCAGUAUCAUUGUUAGCCACAGCGGGUCUAAGGUUAUUAAAAGAGGGUGUAGCAGAUAUACUCCUGAAAGAGGUACGAAAUUUAAUAAGAGAAUACCCUUUCUUAUUGGACGAAGAAGAAGAUGUUGAUAUAAUGGAAGGAGCAGAUGAAGGAAUAUUCAGCUGGUUGACAAUUAGUUUUAUGACAGGAGAUUUUAUAUCGGGGAGGAAUAAUGUGGCAGCUUUAGACUUGGGCGGUGGAUCUUCACAGAUAACUUUUAUACCUAAUAAGCAGGAAACAUUAGACACAGUGCCAAAAGACUUCAUAAAAACAAUGGAACUGUUUAAGAAGAAAUUAAAUUUAUACACUCACAGUUACCUAGGAUACGGUUUGAUGUCAACUAGAUUUAAGUUAUUAGGAGGAAAUAAAAAAGAAAAACAACAAAAAUUACAGAGUGUAUGUUUACCAGCAAAUAUUGGAUCCCUUUGGACUUUUGGUGGUGUUCCCUAUAAUGUCAGUGGAGAAUCUCAAAGUUCUUUUAACAGUUGUUACAGUGUAGUAAAAGAUUUUGUAAGACAAAAGAUCCAGGCUGUGCAUGAAUUACAGAAACAUGAGAUUUAUGUUUUCUCUUAUUUCUAUGAUGCUGCUGUAGAUUCACAACUAAUAGAUUCAGAUUUAGGUGGAAAAUUGGUCGUCCAAGAUUUUUUGAGGGCAGCUAAAAAAGCUUUUGAUAAUCCAAGUUCAAAGAAACCCUUUCUUGGGUUAGAUUUACUGUAUAUGUAUUCAUUACUACAUGAUGGUUACAGACUGAGGUCAAAAACAAAAGUAACCGACAGGAAUCAGAAAACCAUUCAGACAAAAAUCAGAAUAGCAUUCAGACAAAAAUCAGAAUUAUGUAAGAAUGAAUUAAGGCAAUAUUCAGAAUGA